AUGAACAACAUCACGUCAUGGAUGCAGCAAGCAAAAGAAGUCACUAAAAAAAUCUCCGAUAUGAUGUAUAUACCACCAGCGGAUAAUACUCAAUCAGAGAAAAUCUUGGAUAAUGCUGUAUCCGAGGAAAUACGCAUUAAAAUGAAAACUAAAGAAAACUCCAUCAGCUUAAAAGAAGUGGAAAACAAAGAAAAUAUCUCAUCGACGGUAGAACUUGGAAAUACUGAUGUUAAUCGAGGUGUUGGAGGAUUAGGUCGAAGCAAGCUUGAAACUAAUGCUGCUACGACUGUCGAAGCUGCAAGGAAAUAUGCAAAUUCCUUGUUUUCUUUGGCAAAAGAGGCUACAGCAAAAGCUGCAAUAACCGCUGAAGAAACCGCGAAAAAACUGCAAAAUGCUGUCACUGAAAAGACAAUAAUUGGUAACUUGGAUAAAGAGCAAGCGAAAUUCAAAGACGAAGUAAAUGCAAAUAAAUUAACAGCUUGCAUAUUACCGUGGUCCGAUCUGCCAGAUCAAUGGGUUGCUAAAAAACACAUUUUAUCACUCUCACUGGAUGAUCGAAAUUUUACUCGCGAUCCCCCAUCAGAGACGAAUUUUGACUUUGCACAGAUGCAGUCGGUGGCAGCUGCUUUGCUCGAAAAUGACCCGAAUUUGAGAAAAAUUAGAUUUCAGCUUGUCCCAAAAAAGUUGAACGAAGAACGUUUUUGGAGAAAUUAUUUUUAUCGUGUUUCACUAGUAAGACAGGCAGCUGUAGGACAGAAUUGUUUACGCGUCGCAGAAGUCCCCAUUUCAUCAAAAGCCAACGAGCAGGGAGAAAGUAUAAAAUCAUCUGAUUUUGAAGAGAAAGAAGCAGAAGAGGAAAAAGUAAAAAUAAACAAAGGAGAUAAAAUUUCAAAAACCAGUAUGAAAGAGCGAAAGGAAGCUGAAAAUGAAGACAGUGAAGCGGAGAAUAGAAAGCUAAAUGAAAUUCGUGAAAAUAUCAGCGCUACACAAGAAAAGAUUGGAGAAGAAUUUGAAGGAGAUUUUACAAAUUCUUUAAAUGAAUAUGAAUUUGUAAGUGGUCAAAUAGAUAAAACAGAUGAGCAGUCGGAAGAGAAAUUGACUGAAAUGGUCAAUUCAGCAUGA